AUUGUUACGUCUCUAACUCGUCAAUUGCCAAUUCUCUCUCUGUAAACCUCCACAGAAAAACCCCAAAACAGUGUAGAGAGAAAAGUAAACCCUAGGAGGUCGGCAAUGGCGAUGAGAGCAGCAGUUAUGGCGGCGGUUGCACCUCGAGGGCUAAAUCGUUUAUUCGCAACAUCAGCAUUCAACUUCACGCCUCCUGCCUCCUCCAAACAGCCCUCUCCUGCUCCACCUGUUGACCCCUCUCCUAAUCUAUUCGUCUCUGGUCUUAGCAAACGUACUACUACAGAAGGUCUAAAAGAAGCCUUUGCGAAGUUUGGUGAAGUGGUUCAUGCUAAAGUGGUGACUGAUCGCUAUUCAGGGUAUUCAAAAGGGUUUGGUUUUGUAAGGUAUGCUUCCACAGAAGAGGCUGCUGCAGGAAUAAAAGGCAUGGAUGGUCAGUUUUUGGAUGGUUGGGUCAUAUUUGCCGAGUAUGCGAAACCACAACCGGCACCUAAUACUCAACAACAAUUUGGAAACCCAUCGUUCAACAGAAAUGGUUACCGGUGAUAUUUUUUAUCUUACGUCUCCUGAGUGACUGGAUUUUGUAGACUCUUUUUUAUCAUGAAUUAUUGAGUUAUUUAUUGUUAUAGUCCAACUGUUGAUUGAUAUCUACAGAUAAAUGCUUGUCUACAGACAGAAUUCGUUUGUGAAAUUCAAUUGAUGCUGUGUACUAGUCUGCUGUGCUGAUAAGUGAUAUAUGUAUGAAUCAAAGGUGCUUCCAUUUCUUUUAUACUUAUCUGCCACCACUAUUGCUCGAUA